CCUACAGCAGGGAAAUAGGAGGGGGCUGAGGAAUAUGCUAAUUUCUUCGGAGGAAGUGAGUCUAUAGUUUUGGAAUUCAUUGAAAGUGGAGACGGUAUUUAAGUACUGUAUCCAACUUUGCUUGGUUGGCAGAAGAUUUGAAAGGCCCUCGAAACAGAAUGCAUCAUUUCACUGUUGUUCCAGUAGAAGAGCAAGCUAGAUUGGGGUGUGAAUACCUGGAAGGCCCUAACGGGGUGGAUUACAGGGACACAGGGCAGUGUUCGCGGGAUCCCUACGGCUCCAUUGGCUCAGACGGUCAAGGAAGUUACAAAGAGAACAGUCCAUUUCUCACUGGUGCGGAAGCGACUAAAGGAAAUCACUUUUAUGACAAAAAUCUGGCCUUAUUUGAGGAAGAGCUUGAUAUUCGUCCCAAAGUUUCAUCCUUUCUCAGCCGUCUUGUCAACUACACAAACCUUACACAAGGUACCAAAGAACAUGAAGAUGCAGAGGAAGUUUGUAGGAUGGUUAAAACUCCGUGCAUGGGUACACUGAUGGGUGUUUACCUCCCUUGCAUGCAAAACAUCCUUGGCGUAAUUUUGUUUCUUCGCCUAACCUGGAUUGUUGGCACAGGUGGAGUUCUACAGACCCUUUUGAUUACUCUGAUCUGCUGCUGCUGUACUCUGCUUACAGCUAUUUCAAUGAGUGCAAUAGCUACCAAUGGAGUUGUACCAGCUGGUGGCUCAUACUUCAUGAUUUCCCGUUCCCUUGGCCCAGAAUUUGGGGGUGCUGUGGGUCUGUGCUUCUAUUUGGGGACAACAUUUGCAGGAGCAAUGUAUGUGCUGGGAGCAGUUGAGAUACUUCUGAUGUAUAUUGUUCCUGAGGCUGCCAUCUUCUACUCUCCAAACACUCAUGAGGACGCUAGUGCAAAGCUAAACAAUAUGCGUGUUUAUGGCACUGUCUUUCUCACUUUCAUGGCAAUCAUUGUGUUUGUUGGGGUUAAGUAUGUGAACAAGUUUGCAUCUCUCUUCUUGGCUUGUGUGAUUAUUUCCAUCCUGUCCAUCUAUGCCGGAUCCAUUAAAUCUGUCUUUGAUCCUCCAACUUUUCCGGUUUGCAUGCUGGGCAAUAGGACUCUUUCCAGAGAUAGAUUUGAAAUUUGUGCCAAAACCAUCCUUCUGGACAAUGUAACAAGGACUACAAAACUAUGGGAGCAUUUCUGUAGAUCCUCCAAUUUUUCCACCAGCAUCUGUGAUGAAUAUUUCCUUAAAAACAAUGUCACUGAGAUUGCUGGAAUUCCAGGGGCUGCCAGUGGUAUUUUAAAAGAUAAUCUGUGGAGUAAUUACUUACAGAAGGGGGAAAUCCUGAAAACACCUCAUCUUCCUUCAGUUGAUGUACUGGGCUCCAAAAGUAAUUUCCACCUAUAUGUUCUGACAGACAUCUCAGCUACAUUUACUGUACUUGUGGGCAUUUUUUUUCCUUCUGUGACUGGUAUCAUGGCUGGAAGUAAUCGUUCAGGGGAUCUGCGAGAUGCCCAAAAAUCUAUUCCUGUGGGAACCAUACUUGCUAUUAUCACUACCUCUUUAAUUUAUUUUAGCACUGUUGUUCUAUUUGGUGCUUGCAUUGAAGGAGUGGUUUUGCGUGACAAAUAUGGAGAUGGAGUGAACAAAAACCUGGUUGUGGGGACACUGUCUUGGCCUUCUCCAUGGGUUAUUGUCAUUGGUUCAUUUUUUUCAACCUGUGGAGCUGGAUUGCAGAGCCUAACAGGAGCUCCGCGGUUACUACAAGCAAUUGCCAAUGACAAUAUUAUACCAUUUCUGAGGGUGUUCGGACAAGGAAAAGCAAAUGGUGAGCCGACCUGGGCCCUUCUACUUACAGCUUUCAUAGCAGAGUUAGGAAUUCUGAUUGCUUCGCUGGACAUGGUGGCACCAGUCUUAUCAAUGUUCUUUUUGAUGUGUUACUUAUUUGUUAACUUGGCAUGUGCAGUGCAGACACUUCUGAGAACUCCAAACUGGAGACCAAGGUUUAAAUAUUAUCACUGGGCACUUUCUUUCUUUGGAAUGAGUAUCUGUUUGGCCUUGAUGUUCAUCUGUUCCUGGUAUUAUGCAUUGAUAGCCAUUCUAAUCGCUGGGAUGAUUUACAAGUAUAUAGAAUACCAAGGGGCAGAGAAGGAAUGGGGAGAUGGCAUCAGAGGUCUCUCUCUUAGUGCAGCCAGAUAUGCCUUACUAAGACUGGAAGAGGGGCCACCACACACCAAAAACUGGAGACCUCAACUGUUGGUUCUUUUAAAGCUUGAUGAAGAUCUUCAUGUUAAAUAUCCACGUCUACUCACAUUUUCCUCUCAGCUAAAAGCUGGCAAAGGCUUAACAAUAAUUGGCACCACCCUUCAAGGAAACUUUUUGGAGAGCUAUGGAGAGGUUCAGGCUGCUGAGCAGACCAUUAAAAACAUGAUGGAGAUUGAGAAAGUGAAAGGUUUUUGCCAGGUUGUUGUUUCCAGCAAAGUUCAUGAUGGAAUAUCACAUCUCAUCCAGUCAUGUGGACUUGGAGGAAUGAAGCAUAACACAGUACUGCUGGGGUGGCCAUAUGGUUGGAGGCAGAGUGAAGACCCUCACUCUUGGAAAACUUUUAUUGAUGCUGUACGCUGUACAACUGCAGCUCGCUUGGCAUUGAUGGUGCCAAAAAAUGUGUCCUUUUACCCCAGCAACCAUGAACGCUAUUUAGAGGGAAAUAUCGAUAUUUGGUGGAUUGUGCAUGAUGGUGGUAUGCUAAUGCUCCUGCCUUUUCUACUGAAACAACACAAGGUCUGGAAAAAGUGUAAAAUGCGCAUUUUUACUGUGGCUCAGAUGAAUGACAAUAGUAUCCAAAUGAGGAAAGACCUUGGAAUAUUCCUGUAUCACUUGCGACUAGAAGCAGAGGUUGAAGUAGUGGAAAUGCACAAUAGUGACAUCUCUGCAUACACAUAUGAGCGGACUCUGAUGAUGGAGCAGCGAUCACAGAUGCUUAGACAGAUGCGUCUCACCAAAGCAGAGAGAGAUAGGGAGGCUCAGUUGGUGAAGGAUAAACAUUCCACCAUUCAUGUUGAGAGCUUCUAUUCUGAUGAGGAGGAUGAAGAGGCAGAAUUGCAGCAAGAUAAGAUCCAUAUGACUUGGACAAAAGAUAAAUACAAUGCUCAAUGUAAAAACAGAAACAAAGAAGCAGUGCAUUUUAGAGAGCUUGCAGAUAUAAAACCGAACAGGUCUAAUGUUCGACGGAUGCACACUGCAGUCAGACUAAAUGAGGUCAUAGUGACAAGGUCACAUGAUGCCAAAUUAGUCCUACUCAACAUGCCAGGUCCUCCGAAAAAUAAAGACUGGGAUGAAAACUACAUGGAGUUUCUUGAAGUACUCACUGAAGGUUUGGAAAGGGUCUUAUUAGUGCGUGGCGGAGGGCGAGAAGUAAUCACCAUCUAUUCAUGAUCCAGUAUUUCUGACAUACAAGACAAGAAGGAAAAACUGUCUCUCUUUUACCCUUUUGGUUUAAAGGAUUUGUAAAUUACAUGUUCAUGCAUGUUGUAGACCACUAAUAAACAAAGUCAUUUGAA